CGUCGAUACCAUCUUCCGGGUCUGGAAAAAUAUUUACAUUAUUCAUGACACCACCAUCCAAUGAUGGACGAGCGAUGGCAAGAUGGGCUAAUGCAUGAAAUAAUCAAUCUAAGAAAUCACAAGAACGUCGACAAUAUAGUCAAAUGCUCUAUCCCAGCCGAAGGCACCUGUGGCAAAGGCUGCCAAUGCUGUCAGCAAGAAAAAGUGAUGAGGAAGAUGGAACAGAGAUGGAUAAAGCAGGAGAUGAAUGGAUGCAAGGAAAGACUGAUCAAGCCCCCUGACCAACUGAAUCUCACUGAAGCGGAGUUGAAAGAGGAAUUCAUCAUGAUCCUGACUGAAAACAACCCACAGGAUCCUCAGAAUAUUGUCUGUUACAGCUUCAAGGAUGAGCUGGUCUUUACAGACUUCAUCAAGCUGUCAUUUGGAGAGAGCCGUGUCAGAAAGACCAGAGGGCAACUUCCUAUCAGGGCUUGUGGAAUAUCGUUCGACUUCCACAAACAAAUAGACUACUUCUUCCUGUUUGGCACGAAGGAGGGCAAGAUUCACAAGUGCUCCACGGCUCCCCUUCAGCCAGUUCCUGGAAAUCUAUAAUGCUCACAACAUGGCGGUGGAUGCAGUUAAGGGGAACCACUUCCACCCCAAGGUCUUCAUCUCCUGCAGCUCUGACCUGGUCCCAGAUCAUGUGAAGAUGACCAUAGGAGUUGGCAAGACAACACAAACAGAUCUGUGAUCCUUCUGUUCUAAGAUGACAGCCCAACGUUGUCCAUAUGAACCCUAGGUCUUGCUUCAUCUUUCACCCAACUAUUACUUUACAAACUGUGAAAACUAUUCCAAGAUGUCCAACCAUAUUCAUCACUUUCCUCACCCCCUUUCAAUAUAAUUUGCCUGUCAGAUAAUUUGACAAACCCAAAUAGAUAGUUAUAUCAGUUAUAAUUAAAUACUUUGCUGACUAAAGUCAGGUAUCUCCAGUCGACUUUCCAUGAAAACUUUGCUUGGCUCUCUUUCAUCAAGCCAAUGUUUAUGGCUAUACACAGAACUACCAGCAGAUGGCUUGAACACAUCAAAAACACAGACGUGUUCAGUGCUUUUCAACUGGUUCUCAACUGACUUCAGUCUUGUCAAGACUGUGUUCAUUGUGUUGAUUGUUACCACUGAGAUAUUGACUAUGCCUGCUUUGGUCUUUUGUGUUGGGGCAGACUGUUGGUCUACUUGUAAGUUUCACUCCACAAUCAUUAGUUUAGCACCUACCCCCAAUCUGCCAUAAAACCUGGUAAUAAUAUCACAUCUUCAAACAGGUUGAAAGGGCUUUGAAAACAACAGAAACUUCCGAAAAACAUGAAUACUGUAUAUUCUACAUUGUUUAGGGGGCAUGGUAAAGGAGACAGUUAUUCACUUCAACCAGCUUUCUACUUUUUAACAGUAGUCCGCCUGCACACUUAAAUGGUGAUUUGAAUAGGGUCAUGUGGAUUGAUUAGGUUGGCACUACUUUCUCCUGUUGAUACAAGUCCUUGUAACUCCAUCUAUCCGAAUGAGCUGUGAGUGAUGAGUGAUAAGUCACAGAUAUGAUCUAGCCUGAGUCACAAAAUGUCAGAAGUAGGUUACGUAAUCAGGGCUUCAGCCUGGUGGCCUGUGAGAAUCUACUGAUAUCAGUCAGCUGCCCCCACACCCCCUUUAUCCACAUUAUACUGAAGAUUUUUUUUUUUUUUUAAGAUUUUACUGAGUUACAAUUCAUAGAAGGAAAUCAGUCAAUUGAAAUAAAUAAAUUAGGCCCUAAUCUAUGGAUUUUACAUGACU